AUGCUGUUGACGUUCGCACGCGUUCUGCGGCGCGCCGGCGGCCUGAGCGCGCCGCGGUCCUCGGCCGCGACGCGCACGACCACGCGCCUCUACGAGGCGACGACGGGCGCCUACGGCGCGGGCCAGAUCACGGUCCUCGAGGGCCUCGAGGCCGUGCGGAAGCGGCCGGGCAUGUACAUCGGGUCCACGGGCCCCAAGGGCCUGCACCACCUCUGCUUCGAGAUCUUGGACAACAGCAUCGACGAGGUCAUGGCCGGCCACGCGACGAAGGUGGCCGUCGAGCUCCGCGCGGACGGGUCCUGCGCCGUCGGCGACGACGGCCGGGGCAUCCCCUGCGACCUGCACCCGCAGACGGGCAAGUCGGCGCUGGAGACCGUGCUCUGCGUGCUCCACGCCGGCGGCAAGUUCGGCGGCGCGGAGAGCGGCUACCGCGUGUCCGGCGGUCUGCACGGCGUCGGUCUGAGCGUCGUCAACGCGCUGUCCCACCAGCUCGACGUCGAGGUCACGCGCGACGGGUCCGUGGCGUCCAUGGCGUUUUCUCGCGGGACGCCGACGGGCGACAUGACCAGAGUCGACGCCGCGCCGGGCGCGGCGACGGGCACGCGCGUCGUCUUCAGCCCCGACGGCGACAUCUUCGAGAAGACGGUCUUCGACUACGACGUGCUCGCCGCGCGCAUGGACGAGCUCGCCUUCCUCAACGCCGGGGUGGAACUGUCGCUCACGGACUUCCGGGAACCGAAAAAGAAGAAGAAGAAGGGCGACGGCGGCCCGCGCGUCGACGUCUUCCGCCACGACGGCGGCAUCUCCGAGUACGCCGACUUCCUCACGUCGGAGAAGACGCCGCUCCACGCGGCCCUGGGGCCGUCCGUGACCAAGGGCAAGCACACGAAGGAGGCGUUCGUCGCGAGGGGCACGAAGGACGGCGUCGAGGUCGAGUGCGCGCUGCGCUGGUCCUCCGACGCCUACGCGGAGGUCACGGUGUCCUUCGCCAACGGCAUCCGCACGGCCGACGGCGGCACGCACGUCGACGGGUUGCGGUCCGUCGUCGCGCGCAGCGUCAACGCCGCGGCGAAGCGGUCGCCGAGCGGCAAGAGCGACAACGCCUACGUGCCCGGCGAGUACGUCCGCGAGGGCCUCACGGCCGUGCUCCUCGUCAACGUGCCCGAGCCCGAGUUCGAGGGCCAGACGAAGACGCGGCUCGGCAGCCCGGGCGUCCGCCAGGUCGUCGACGCCGUCGUCGGCGCCGCGCUCCAGCAGCUCUUCGAGUGGCACCCGCAGGCGCUCAAGGCCAUCGUCGACAAGGCGCUCGCGGCCCAGAAGGCCGCGGGCGCCGCCAAGGCCGCGCGGGACCUCGUGCGGCGCAAGAGCUUGCUCGCGACGACGGUGCUCCCGGGCAAGCUCGCGGACUGCAGCCUCCGCGACGCGGCCUUGUCGGAGAUCUUCAUCGUCGAGGGCGACUCCGCCGCGGGCUCGGCCAAGCAGGGCCGCGACCGCGAGUCGCAGGCCAUCCUCCCGCUCCGGGCUGUGCUCCGGGGGAAGAUCUUGAACGUCGAGAAGUGCGCGCCCGAGCGCAUCUACCUCAACGCGGAGCUCCAGGCGCUCAUCAGCGCGCUGGGCCUGGGCGUCCGCGGCGAGGAGUUCAACCGCGACAACCUGCGCUACCACCGCAUCGUCAUCAUGACCGACGCGGACGUCGACGGCGCGCACAUCCGCGCGCUCAUCCUCACGUUCUUCUACCGCUACCAGCGGUCGCUCAUCGAGGACGGCCACGUCUUCAUCGCCUGCCCGCCCCUCUACAAGGUGUCGCGGGGCCGCAAGGACACGUACUGCUGGUCCGACGACGAUUUGGAGGCCGCGCUCGCGGGCGACGGCAAGGCCACGAUCCAGCGCUUCAAGGGUCUGGGCGAGAUGAUGCCGAACCAGCUCUGGGCGACGACCAUGGACCCGACGGCGCGCAAGAUGCAGCAGGUCGUCGUCGACGACGCCGCCAAGGCCGACAAGGUCAUCACGCUCCUCAUGGGCGACUCCGUCGCCGAGCGGAAGGAGUACAUCGUCGCGAACUCCGUCGCCCUCGACGCCGAGGACCUCGACUUCUAA